GUUAGAGUGUACUAAAUUGCGUACCAAAUAUUUUAGUGUGUAAAUAGUAAAGUGGUUAAAUUUUUGGACUUCUUCAAUAUUGGUGCAAUGAACAUAACCUCCUUGAUAUGUUUGACAUUAAAUUCCAAAUUUUUAAGUGUCCAAAUAAAAAAGUCAAAAGUUCAUUAGUCAAUAACAACAUAAUUUUCAAAACGAUGUUCCGACCGAAAAGAUCGGUAAAGAAAAUAGCAAUAAUCGAAAGUGAUGAAAGCAGUGAAGAUGAAUUACCAAUUAAGAAAUCCAAGGUAUCUCCUCACAAAAAUGUUGAUCACCCCGUAACAGAUAAACAAAAUAGCAAUAAUCCCUCUUCCAGUGAAAGUGAUAUUGAAAACUAUCUCCAACCCAUUGACAAACUAGAUUUAUCUUCAGAUUUUUUUAAUCUCAGGAAAGACGGCAAUAAUGAUGAAUUUACCAAAAUUGAAAAAAGUAUUUUUGAAAGGGUAGGUACAUCGAGGUUGUCAGAUUCAGACUCCGACUUAGAUGAUUUACAAGCUUCAACAAGUAAACUAUACACGCAAGAAACAACUGAACUUCAAAAACUAAAUUUUAAACAGUUAGAAGACUUUAAGAAAAAUAUCGAGGAAGCUAAAUUAAUUGUUGAAAAAUAUAAUGCUAAAAAGAAGAUUGAAGAAAAAAACGUUGACAUAUCAAAUAUUCUAGCCUCAGGUGAAUUUAAACAGUUAAUUUUGGAAAAUAUAAGGGAAGACGAUUUCCAUUCAAGUGAUUUUGAAACCACAGAUGGGGAAGACUGGGAAGAAGUUAAAUUAAAAAAUCAGGAGGAAAAAUCGUUGAUACCUAAAAAAGAGAUUGAAAUAAGAAUAGGCGCUAUGCCGGAACAUUGUAGAAAUAAGAAAGGUACUGAUUUAAUUGCUGCCAUGAAAAGAAGGCUUAACAGAAUGCGUAAAGAAAAUCAAAUUUAUGUUCAUAAAGUGCAUUUAUUAUGCUGGAUUGCUCACGGAAAUUUUGUUAACUCGGUAAUAUCUAGUUCAGAUAUUUUAAGUAUAGCGUUAUCUUUAUUACCAUCUGACAAAUGUUAUCCUUCUGAUCGCGUAGAUCUAAGUUAUCUUGAACAAAUUGUUCAGUGGUACAAAAGAACAAUAAAACUAAAAGAAAAGUGUCCUGUGCAACAGCUGACUUUAAAAAAAAGUUUAAAUCUACAGAUGAUGAAGAAGGAAUCAUAUGACAAGAAAAUGUAUGUUUUAAUUUUCAUUGCAAUUUUAAGAUCAUUGGGAAUACAAUGCCGAAUGGUACUCUCAUUACAAGUUGAACCUUUACGUCCCCCUUCUAAUGAAUUACAUUCUUUAUCUACGAAAGAAUCCACCAACAAGUUAUCAAAUAGCAAAACAGGUCAUUUGAAUAAGCCUCAUAAUAAAACCAAUAUCAAAUCAGAAGACAGAAUCAAACAGAUCAACAGUGAAAUGGAUGUUAAACUUAAAAAUGGCAAAGCAGGGAUUCAGAAAGGCAGUAAAAUUGAAAAAUUAUGUAAAGAGACGGCUACUAAAGACACUAGUCAGAAAAAAGACCAAGACGGGAAUAAAGAACCUCCAGAGGGUAGUAGAAAUUCGUUUUCUGGGAAAAAUAAAACACCAUCGAAGGUAGCACAAAUAUUAAACAGUAAACAAAAAUACGUAAUAGAUCCAAAGACUAAUAAAAUGAAACAGAAAGUUGGAGAAAUUAAAAUAAAUAAUAGAAAAGAUACCAAAAAUAACACAAAGGAUAAUAAUGCACGAACUUUAUCAAAAAUGUCAAAUAAGGAGACAGUACAGGCAAUUAAAAAAAAUAAAUCUAGUAAAAAUAGUAACAAAAUAUCUUUAAAGGUAGAAAAGAAAGCUCGGUCUAAAAGUUCAGUUACUGAGAAUAAAGAAUCCCUAGAAACAAAAAUAACUCAGCCUAUACCUACAACUUUAGUUUCAAAUAUGCGCUCAAUGACAAGGAGUAGAUUAGGCACAAAAAAAAAUAUUCCACAGUUGGAUGGAGCUAACGACGAAAUCUCAAAAACAGUAUCGAAUACUCGGCAACCUAAUUUACGAAACCUGAAAAAUAAAUUCAAUGCGGAGAUCGAUUUAGUCAAGGACUCCACUAGGCGUUUAAAAAUAAAUAAUGAUGGUGAUUCAGAAAAUGAAUUCGAAAGUUCGUUGAAGAAAUCUCCAAUCAAGAAGCCCAAUUUUGCAAACUUAAGUCAGCCACCAACAACGUCAAAACUCAGUAAUCCGUUCGAUGUUAAAAAUGAUAUAAUAAAUUUAAUAAAAGGCAGAAUACGUGAACAAAAGCAUACGGAUAGAAAUAAAAUGACGAAAAAAAGAAAAUCACAAAAUUAUGACAGCAGUUCAGAUAGUGACUACAUGCCAACGUCCAUUAAAAAGAAACAUCACGACAGCGAUAGCGAUAUCGAAUAUUUUGUUCCUAAACCCAAAAUAAAAAAGAGAGUAAAGGUGAAGAGAGUAGCACCUGGUCAACCGAUACUAUCAGAUAGUGGCGAAGAAAGCAAAAACAAAAAAGGGAAUGAUAUUUGGCUUGAAGUAUAUUUGGAAAACGAAGAAAAGUGGAUAACAGCAGAUGUUAUUCGAGGUCAAGUGCACUGUGUAAAUGAACUGUAUGUAAGUACGAUUGUAUUUUAUAAAUCUGAUAGGAUAUAA